CGCAUUGUGUUUACUUACGUGACGCACAGUUAUAAAGCGAGUCAGCUCCCCUCUCUCUUACGACGGAGUAGCCGUGAUCCAGUGGUCUUUGUGAGGUCGUCUGCAGCUGUGUCUUACUUGCCAUGAUGCUGAAGCACGCCCUGGUCAUCCCCGCAAUCUUGUCCCUGCUGGUUUUGACAACUGCAGCAAUCAAAGUGCCGUGUCGUGUGGGUCAGACAAGCUGUGAAUGUCCUACUACAGCCUCGGAAUGUGAGUUUGACCUCACCAUCAACUACCUCCAGACCUUUGCCAGCUACUCUGUGAGGGACGAUGGGACCAUUGAUCCCCAGGAUGGCUACAUUUACAACAUCAAUAGCACUGGCCAGGUGGUGCCGCUAGCUGACCCCUGCCCAGGUCCCCAGUGCUCCCCACCACAGACGGUGGACGGGAGGUCCUUCAGAACCUUCUUUGCCGUCAACGGAAUCACCCCCGGCCCCUCCCUCAUCGUGACACACAGACAGACGGUCAUUGUCAACCUCCACAACAAGCACCCGACGGAGUCCAUCACCAUUCACUGGCACGGACAGCUCCAGUACAACACUCCCUGGAUGGACGGCAUCCCAUACAUCUCCCAGUGCCCCAUACAACCAGAGGACACCUUCAGGUACAUCUCCAAGGCGGACCCCUCGGGGACCUUCUGGUACCACGGACAUGUCGGAGCCUCUCGGGCCGAUGGUCUAUACGGGGCUCUCAUCAUCAGGGAAAUUGACAAUAACGACGCUGAUUACCGGGAUUUCCCCGAGCAGCACACACUACUGCUGACUGACUGGUGGAACCAGCCGUACUCUGACCUGUUCACCCUUCAGCAUACGGUCCUCGAAACCUAUUACCCGUUGAUUGUAGGGGAGCUCCCGCAGCCGGGGGACAAGUAUGAGAUUACAGGGUCCUAUGAUCAGGCGGAGGCAGGCCCUGUCCCCUAUUUCUCCGGUCUUGUCAACGGGAAGGGAUAUCAGAAGGAGGUUCCGCUGGAGAGAACCGUCCUCAGCAAUUUCACUGUGGUACCGGGAGAGAAGUAUCGUUUCAGAGCCAUUGGGACACAAAGCAUCUUCCCACUCAGGCUCUCGAUAGACAGCCACAAUUUGACUCUCAUAGCUGCAGACGGCUUCCUCAUUCAGCCAAUACCCAACCUGGACUACAUCAUCAUCCACGCUGCCGAGCGCUACGACUUUGUCGUGGAGGCCAACCAAGACUCGACCCGCAACUACUGGAUCAGAGCCGAGACUCUGGAGAUUAACACCACCAGCAACACUCAGGCGCCGUAUGCCAACUUCAACCACCAGGCCCUCGCAGUGCUCCACUAUCAGGAUGCUCCCGCCCCAGUAGGGCCGGAGCUGAGGAAUAUUCCACACAACCCACCAGACUGUGUGACCAACGGCUGCAUAGCCACAAACUGCCCCUUCCAGAGUUUCCACGAGUCCUACAACAUUGCCUGCCUCCACCCUGCGCAGAAUUUCCGUCUGCUUAACCCCACCCCAGACGACGUACUCCCAGACGCUGAACCAGACGAGGGUCAAGAAUACUUCUUCAACUUUGGCUACGAGGGAGAGACUGACCUGCCGGCCAACAUCAACGGCCGUCUCUUCCAGUCACCCACCUUCUCCCUCGCAACACAGCGCAGCGAAAUCAGCGAGGAUACCCUCGAUCUCUGCCCCACUGCAGACUACUCCUGUUUCGACGGAUGCCAGUGCACUCACAUGAUGGAGCUGCCCUUCGGGAAGACUGUGAGGUUUGUACUGACCUCGAUUGGGACGCAGACCCACCCCAUCCACCUCCACGGCCACUCUUUCUGGGUGGUGGAGAGCGGGUACGGAUACUACAACAGCCAGACUGGGUUCAUAGAGAAGAGUACCAACGCUCUCUCGUGUCUGAAGGACCAAUCAGAUUUCAACAACACCGACGCCCAGCCGUGCACCACCAUCAGAUGGCGAGAUGGGUACAGACCAAAGAUUUCCCUCAACUCUACCACUCCUCGCAUGGACACCAUCCUCGUCCCGGCCGGCGGCUACGUCGUCAUCCAGUUCCGAUCGGACAACCCCGGCUACUGGUUCUUCCACUGCCACAUUCAGGAGCACCUCCUCGAGGGAAUGGCAAUGAUUGUUGCCAUCGACCCCAGUCGACAGAACCCUCCACCAGGCGGCAUGCGGACCUGCGGAGACUUCCACUGGACUCUGGAUGAGUUCCAGGAGAAAUUGGAGUUUAAUCCUGCAGACCCGCAGUCCAUGGAGGAAGACAAGGAGCCUGAGUACUGCCAGUGUCUUAGACAGGCUGAGCUAAUCGCAGUGAUCCUGUGCAGCAUAGUAGGCUUCAUUGCCCUGGUGGUGUUGCCUAUGACCUGCUGUGUUGUUCUCUGCUGCCUCCACUGUCGACGUCAGGGGAAGGACAAGUUUGAAAUGUCUUCCAGCACCAUUCAAGAACAAGAGGGGACACGAUAUUCGCCUCUCCGUGAAAAGUAGCCCUAAACAUUGCUAGUUAUUGAUUAAUACUCUGCAUUUGGUAAAUUAUUAAUCUAUCUGCAUACUGGCCCAUAAGCCAGAGUAUUUGAGCUUGCCCAGGCUGUUUAACCUCCUUUGACAACUUUGGUAACACUGGAGUACAGGGUGUUGCAGACACUUGAAGGACACUGUGUAACUUUAAUUAAU